AUGAUUGAUAACCGACUGUCGUCCGCUAUCAGUGUCUUUUUGAUAACCAAGUCAGUGCCCCGCAGGAAUAUAACCUAUGAAAUACUAUUCAACGGAGAUGAAGACAAGCCUCGUCGGGAACUGCGAGACUGUGUAGUAGGUCUGCAUCAGGAACUGCCACCCGGGGUGUAUGCUAACCCUGAUGAGCUGGGGGAUUUGAAGCGGGCAAAAAAGCUAUUUGUGCUGCCACAGAACCGAAUCAACAUAGAACUGCCGGCAGAGCAGUCUAACCCGAGCACCGUAUAUGUCAUGGGUGCAGUCACAGACGACCGGGCAGACCUGUGGGUACCCGUCCAUGCUCGCUACCAUCAGGCAACCUAUGGAGGAGGCAUGGCUCGAAACGAGAUCUACCCUCCCCGGAUAUUCCUGUACUGUCCAGAAAUUCUGCGCUGCGACGGGUCCACGACGCCUAUGCUAUUCACGUGCGAGGAUGAGCCCAAAGACUGCUGGAGCACCUACAAGGAGCUCCCAUACACCGUGCUAACUGACACCCUGAUAUGGGAGGUGCCGGUUGGCAACACGGUGCACUACCACGCGGUCGCCGCCGCCACCGCGCUAGUCGUGAUCGCAGGCAGCCUGUACUUGCUCAAGUCUGUACAUCAGUACAAGCGGCAGUGA